AGCGCAUAAACGUACUUUAAAUAUAUGUUUAUGUGCUGUUAAAAAUUGUAACGAUGUCUUCCUCUUACUAUGAUUAUUACGACGGCAGUAAAAUAUUUUCAUUCUUAUCCAAUAGAAUAGGUCUUCCAAUUGAUCUAGUUAAUUUUUUGAUAGCACAAAUAGCUGCACUAUGCCUGGCAAGACUAUUUCGGAAACCAUUGCGACUUGCUUCACCAGAAUUUCGUCAUAUGGUGUGCCUUUUUAUAGGUUUGCUUAUGGGAUAUUUCUGCUUUGGAAAGCAAGCCAUACAUUUGUCCGUUCUUCCAAUGUUAACAUAUGUUUUACUCAAAACUGUCCAACAACAUUUAAUGGGAAACGUUGUAUUAGCUGCCUCCAUGUUGUACCUAUCUUGUAUACACCUACAUCGUCAAAUUUACCACACCGCAGACUACUCACUUGACAUAACAGGGCCUUUGAUGGUGAUAACACAAAGGGUGACGUCAUUGGCUUACUCAUUGCAAGAUAGUAUUAUGUCUAGGAAAGAAAUAAAUUCCAACACUACGGAACGUUUGAAUAAAGACGAAAAUAGAAUCGACAAGAUACCCUCGCCUCUCGAAUAUUUCGCUUAUACGUUAGCUUUUCAAACGCUGAUGUGUGGACCUGUCGUGUUCUAUCCUGAUUAUAUCAGCUUUAUUGAAGGAGCUCGUGUCGAUGGGGCGCAAAAAGAUAAAACGAGUGGAACUGAACCUUCACCCCGUCGCGCUGUUAUGUACAAAGUGGCUGGUUCUGUAGCGGCUGCUUUUCUCUAUUUGUCUCUGGCACAGAAAUACUCCAUAAAGGUUUUGGAAGGUUUAGUUGAUCCAACAUCGGAAGAACGGUCAUGGUCUGCGUUAUAUCUGCUAUGGUACGCUUAUCUAUCGACCCUGGUAGUCAGGUGCAAGUACUAUCACGCUUGGCUUCUCUCCGAAGCUAUUUGCAACAACUCCGGCAUGGGUUUCAAUGGUUACGAUAAUGAUGGCACGCCGAAAUGGGACAAAAUGUCGAACAUUGACGUUUUUGGAUUUGAGUUUGCGCAAAACUUCCGCACCGCGAUCGCGAGCUGGAACAAGAACACGAACGCGUGGCUGCGCAGCGUCGCGUACGAGCGCGGCGGCGCGGCGUGGCGCACGGCGCGCGUGUACGCGCUCUCGGCCGUGUGGCACGGCUUUCACCCGGGCUACUACCUCACAUUCUUUGCGGGUGGGCUCUUCACUGUUGCGGCUAAGAAGGUUCGUACAUUCGCUCGUCCGUUGUUCUUAGACAGCCGCCCGAAAAAAAUAUUCUAUGACUCGCUCUCGUUUUUAACGACACGAAUUGCGAUGACAUAUGCCACCGUGCCAUUUGUAUUACUGCAUCUAUCGCCAAGCCUUGCGUUUUAUGGGUAAGCACGAAAUUUACUUUACUCA